AUGGAAGCAAAGUCUGGCAACUCAACCACUACAAGACCACGAAAAGUCUUGCUCAAGGAUAUCGCGGUGCUUUGGACAGGAGAAGAUGAGUCAGUCCACUCAGGAGUAUCUAUCUUUAUAGACAACGGAAUUAUUCAAUGGCUGGGCGAUCAUGACAGCAUCCCUGCUUCAUUGCUUAGGACUGACCACGUCAUCGAGGACAUGAGCAAUCGCCUAGUCACGCCUGGUUUAAUCAACACCCACCACCAUAUGUACCAGAGUCUCACAAAAUGCAUGGCUCGUGAGUCGCAGCUCUUUGAGUGGCUUCAAACUUUGUAUCCCCUGUGGCAGCAUCUCACUCCGGAGAUGAUUAAAAAAUCAUCCAAGUUUGCCAUAGCUGAGCUUUUGCUAUCCGGAUGUACGCUGACAACAGAUAUGCUGUAUCUUUAUCCGAACGGUGUCGAGCUCGAUGACACCAUCUCGGCGGCUCAGGAAUUAGGGAUACGCUUCAUGCCAUGCCGCGGUGCUGUCACAGUAGGACAGAGCGACGGUGGACUUCCACCGGACGUGCUGGUGGAGAAAGAAGAAGACGUGUUGCAGGAUAUGAGACGACUCAUCGAGAUGUACCACGACUCACACGAUGGGGCAAUGAUCCGCAUUGCACUUGCACCGUGCUCUCCAUUUUCGGCAUCUGAAACCCUGAUGAAGAAAUCAGCGGCAUUGGCACGGGAAUAUCAAAACGUGAUGCUGCAUACUCACCUGGCGGAAAAUUCAUCAGAUAUGCAAUUUAUGAAGACUAGUGUGCAGAAGAGUCUUACAGAGUAUCUGGAUGAUUGCGGUUGGAACCAGAAAGAUUGUUGGUUUGCGCAUUGCGUAAAAUUGGACGAGGACAAAAGUGAUGAGGCGAUGAAAUACUUUGCAGAGCGGGGACUCGGUGUUGCGCACUGCCCUGUAUCCAACUGUCGGUUGGCAUCAGGGAUAGCACCUGUAUGCGAUAUGCUUGACAAGAAGGUGAAGGUAGGGAUGGGAGUGGACGGUUCUGCGAGCAACGACUCUGGGAAUCUAUUGUCUGAGGCGCGAAUGGCGCUCAUGCUCGCACGAGUGAAGGCGGAAAAAGCAAAUGCGCUUUCUGCGGUGGAGGUUCUGAAAAUGGCGACAUCAGGUGGGGCUGCGGUGCUGGGACGGACGGACGUGGGGGUGAUUCGCGCGGGAAUGUGCGGAGAUCUGGUUGGUUGGCGUCUAGACGCACCGUCGUUUGCUGGAGCGUUUCACAGCAAUGCUGCGGUGCUAAGCGCUUUAGUGCUGGGAAAUGGCGGGGACUUGAGGGCAGACUACGUUAUGGUGGACGGAAAGGCUGUUGUGAGGGACGGGAUGCUUGUGGGAAAACAUAACAUGAGGGAAAUCACACGGGCACACAAUCACGCCGCUCUGAUGCUUGCGAAGAGCGCUAGAGAGGCGAGCGUUAACAAACCACGAGAAUGA